ACUUUUGGAGUAUUAUUAACGAUCUUUUCGGAUAUCGUUGAAACGUUAGAUAUUUUCUUAUCCUUCAAAAUAGAUUUCGAAUGAGAAGAUUGAAAAUUUCCUGGUCGUGUUUUGACGGAAUUUUCUAAUAUAUUCGGAAGUUCCUUAUUACUGGUAUAAUACAAUUUUGCGGAAGAAUUAUGAAUAGUAUUCAGAGAUGCUCUUUUAAAAGCUGUAACAUUUUUUACAGAUUGUUUUUUCAUAUUCAUCAUCGAUGAAUGAUUUUCUCUGAAACCGCGAUCGGUUUUUUUAACAUUCGAAUUCUCAGUUACUCCAGAAAAUGUUAAGAGAGAUGGAAAACGAAUCGUUGAUGAUGAUUCCCUUUCUAAAUUUGAACUUUCUACAGGUUUUUCAACAUGUAUGCGAUUGGUCAUACGGGGUAAUAAGUUUCGAAGUUCUGUCUGCAAUUUUUCAAUUUCCUGAAUACGUACCAAUAUGUUGCGUAUCUCAUUUUCGUUCAUUAUAGUUUAUACGUAAUAUAUUUCCAAAUUAUAUCAUUAUUUAAGCGAUUAGAAAACUUUGUCAAAAAGCUAACCUGCAAAUUUUGCGAUCGCACAAAAAUCCAUAUUUACUUUUUUAAUAUUUUAGUUUUUUUUUUCUCUUAUACAAUAGCACGUAUCAUUAUCGGCUAAUUUCAGUCGAAUCAAAUUAAAUGUUCAAUUUUUAAUUAAUGAUGUGAUAUGUACCGAUAAGAAAUAAAGUAAACGAUAAUACAAAUUUAGAAAUAUAUCGGAUCAAUUAAUUUAUGUGGGUAUUAAGUAAUAAUGAGUGUAAUAAUCAAUAUGAUAAUAAAUAAUUUAAUAAUGAAUAAUUAUCUACUAUCUUAUAAAAACGUGCUUGCAAGAGUUCGAACGUAAGCUAGCGAAUACCGAUUAAUAUUAUUUUUUAUUUGCGAUGCAGAACCAAGUCUUAUUUAGUGAAAUAUAUGGCAAUGAGGAAGAAAAUAUAUAUGUUAGAUCCAAAGAUCACUCGUCGAUAAUUAAUUUACAAACUGGAUUGAAAAAUACAAAGUCCUUAUUAUCUGGGAUCCUGUCGAUUAUCAAAGACGUUUUUUUACCUCAAGGAUUUCCUGAUAGUGUUCAUCCUGAUUACAUUCCUUAUCAAAUAUGGGAUACAGUGCAGGCUUUUGCAAGUACCAUAAUGGGUACUCUCACAACUCAUUCAAUUAUGCAAGGAGUAGGUGUUGGAGAAUCUACUGCGACACCUUUAGCUGCAGCAAUAACUUGGAUUUUAAAAGACGGAACUGGUAUGGUCGGGCGCAUAAUUUUUGCAUGGUGGAAUGGGACUGACCUAGAUGGACAAUGUAAAAAAUGGAGAUUGUUUGCGGAUAUUCUUAAUGAUGUGGCAAUGGGCAUGGAAUUACUAAUACCUUAUUUCUCAGCUCAUUCAAUGGCCGUAUUGUGUGCUUCAACCGCAAUGAAAUCUAUUGUUGGUGUGGCUGGUGGUGCAACCAGAGCUGCAUUAACGCAACAUCAGGCAUUACAAAACAAUUUAGCAGAUGUAUCAGCUAAAGAUGGAAGUCAAGAAACUUGUGUUAAUCUGGUUGCAUCUUUUCUUGGAAUUUUCAUACUGUCAUACAUUUAUAACGAACGAUAUUUACUAGAACUAUAUGUCUUCUUGGUAACAGUGCAUUUAUAUGCCAAUUAUUCAGCAGUUAAAGCUUUACGGUUAAACACAUUAAAUGAAGAUCGCCUUGCUUUGUUAGUUAAACAUUAUCUUAUUCAUGAAACUGUUCUUGAUGCAGCAGAAAUUAAUAAAAAAGAAUCUGUUUUUCUUUUGGGGAAACCUACAAAAGAUAUAUGUGGAUUUCAUAUAAAAUUAGGAGUAUCACUUUCAUAUAUUUUUAAAAGAAAUGCCAAUAAUAUAUCAAAGUGCACAGAAGAUUUUCUAAAAGAUUUUCAACAUAAAGAAUAUUUAAUAUUUGUAGAUAUUAAGAAAAAGAUUAUUUUUGUGGUAUUAAAAAAAAACAUAGAACAGCAUGAAAUAUUAAAAGCAUACUUUCAUGCUUGUCUCUGUGGCAUAUUAACAAGUAUGUCACAACAACUUCCAAUUGAAUUGUUACUAACAACUGAGACAUGUAAACCUUCAUUUCCUUUAAUACGUAUAUACCUUCUUUAUAAGAAACACGAUUCACUUCAGUAUCAUAACUCUUUUCCAUCUAUAGAAACUGCCUUUUAUGAUACAAAUAGUAUUAUUGAGAAAGAAUAUCAAACUUUUGUAAAACAUUUAGAUGACAAAGGAUGGAAUUUGAAGAUUAAUCUUUUACCCAUGAAUUCAUGGAGAUGUGUAUGGAAUAUUAAAAAAACCCAAGAAUAAUUAUAAGAUCAGUCAAGAAAGAAAGAGAGAGAGAGAAAAAGAGACAGAGAGAGAGAGAGAGAGAGAGAGAGAGACAGAAAGAGAGAGAGAGAGAGAGAGAGAGAAAGAGAAAACUUUAUUCCUAGCAUUUUAUAAAAAUAUGACACACCUUUUUUAAAUCUGUACAGUAAAGUCUUGCAAAAUUUGAACUAAGA